AUGACCACCGCCGCCUCUCGCCCGACACCUGCGCAUCAGCUGUCUAACCCCGCGCCCACUUCAAGCGAUGUAACAUCGCGGGACGUAAACUUCCAAGGUCUGCCUAUUCCACGAGGCCCUGUCAAAGCACAGCUUUCUUUCUAUAAAUCCCCCGAAGAUGGCGCACCGCCACACAACUACGUUGAGCCUCCCCCAGGCGUCCCACAGCGGAAUUGGGGAGACAAUUGGGCUGAAGUUACCAUUGAAGACCUACGAGGCAAGGAACAAAACUUCACCCUCGACAACAACGCCUUCGACACAUUCCAGAACAUCCAGAGUGGCCUUACUAGAGAGGAUUUCGAGGACGACGAGGCUAUAAAAAGGGUCUAUUAUCCCGAGGUAGAAGAUCUCUUGCUGAAGAACGUACAAGGCGCACAACGGGUUCUUAUCUUCGAUCACACAGUCCGCCGACCAACCGGCAACCGCAACCCCGUCCAGCGCGUCCACAUCGACCAAACCCCUCUCUCUGCCGCCGAACGCGUCAAACUCCACGCACCAGACGACGCUGAGAAGUUACUGCAGGGUCGCUAUCGCAUAAUCAACGUGUGGCGCCCGCUCAAUGGCCCAGUAAUGGGUAGUCCACUCGCUGUCGCCGACAGCCAGACUGUACGAGACAGCGAUCUGAUACCGAUUGAGCACCGAUACCCGCAUCGCAAUGGCCAAACAGCGGCUGUGGCGUAUAACCCGGCUCAGAAGUGGUAUUACUGGUCUGGAAUGAAGAAUGAAGAUAGGCUGUUGCUCAAGUGCUUUGAUAGCGAUGAGAUUGUUGGUCAGUGGGGUCGCGUGCCGCAUACUGCUUUUGUGGACCCCAGGACGCCGGACGGCGCUGUGGGCAGGGAGAGUAUUGAGAUUAGGGCGCUGGUCUUUGGAUGA